AAUUCGUAAUCUGACGAACCGCAGAGCAUUGCGGACAUUUUAUUCCGGUUCCUGCAGCGAUAUUUGGCAUAGAAAUCUCCCCGAGAAUAAUCGAGCAUCGACGUAUGUCGAAUCCAUUGCCUGCUGGAAGGUUAUGGGCGAGCCUAUUGACCGCCAACAGAGAGUGCAACAAUGAAAGCCAGCAUAAACCAAAGGCUCAUAGAAACCGGAGAACGAGAUCGGUUAAAGGAGUUGCUGAGGACAAGGCUCAUAGAAUGCGGGUGGAAGGACCAGUUGAAAGCAUACUGCAAAGAAAUCAUCAGAGAAAAGGGCGUAGAAAACGUAUCUGUCGAUGAACUUAUUGCAGCAGUCACACCUAGAGGAAGAGCUACUGUGCCAGACAUCAUCAAGCGUGAACUCCUUCACCAGAUCAAGAAUUUCCUGAUGGAUCAGCAAGGAGGCAGUUGACUUCAUGGCUCAAGACCGUCGACGUAAAGAUGUGCUUGAUUGCGAAACUUGUGGCUUAAGACAUGUCAGAAAGCGCUUGAUUGCACUUUUAUCACAAGACUAAUAGAUUGACGCAUGCGUGAUGCUGUAUGAUAAACUUACGAUUUUGUGAA